AUGGCUAGACAAUAUGACGAAAGCGUAAAGACUGGACUACGGUCUAAAUUGACUUCAUAUGGCGAUGACGAGUUCUCACUAUUUCUGCGGAAAGCUUUUAUCAAAGGAGCGGGUUACACUGACGAUGCGCUUGAGCGUCCUAUUAUCGGCCUCAUCGACACGUCUUCAGGGUUCAAUCCUUGCCAUGGCAAUGUCCCCGCUCUUCUUCAGGCCGUGGAACGUAGUGUAUUAUUGGCAGGUGCACUGCCUGUGAAGUUCCCGACGAUAAGCCUACAUGAGAGUUUUGCGAGUCCGACGAGUAUGUACUUGCGAAAUUUGAUGUCGGUCGAUACGGAGGAGAUGAUCAAGGCUCAGCCGAUGGACGGAGUUGUACUGAUCGGAGGUUGCGACAAAACUGUUCCUGCGCAACUCAUGGGUGCGAUCUCCGCAAACAUUCCGUGCAUCUCGCUCGUUACGGGGCCUAUGCUUACGGGUUCCUACGAAGGGAGACGUGUCGGUGCUUGUACAGACUGCAGAAGCUACUGGAAAGACUACCGUGCUGGCAUUAUUGACAUUGAAGAUAUUACGAGGGUGAACGACGAACUUGUUCCUUCCGUCGGAACUUGUGGUGUCAUGGGAACGGCGUCUACAAUGGCUUGUCUCCUCGAAGCCCUCGGAAUGGCACCACUUGGUUCCGCAACGGCCACUGCACCUUCUUCUGCUCGAUUACGCAUAGCAGCACAGGUAGGUUCACUGAUUGUACGCAAUUCUCUCGCAUCCGAGGCACCUUUGCGUCCCCAAGACAUCCUCUCGCGAGAGUCAUUUGAGAAUGCAAUUACAGUCCUACACGCAAUCGGAGGCUCGACAAACGCCAUAGUUCACCUCCUUGCAAUAGCGGGGCGCAUUCCAGGUCUAGGACCGACAGAACUGAAUGGAAUUACUUUGGACGUUAUAGAUGAAAUUGGGAAGCGGACUCCGCUGCUUGUAGAUUUGAAGCCAAGCGGCGAUGGGUAUAUGGAAGAUUUCCAUCGUGCGGGUGGUGUACCUGCGCUUCUUUCUGUCCUGGCGAAAGGAAACCUCCUUCAUCUCGACGCACGCACGGUUGAGGCACUUACACUAGGAGCAGCGCUUGCUGGACACCCUGCUGCACAGCGCCAUGGAUUAUUCCAGCAAAGUAUCAUUCGUCCACUCUCCGAUCCUAUAUACCCAUGUGCAGCGCUUGUGGUUCUACGCGGGAACCUGGCGCCAAGUGGAUGUGUACUCAAGGCCUCAGCUGCAUCGUCGAACCUUCUCAAACAUCGUGGACCUGUACUCAUCUUUCGCUCUGCAGCGGACCUCGCUGCGCGUAUUGACUCGCCUGACCUGCCAGUUACUCCCGAAACGCUGCUUGUGAUGCAAGGAACGGGUCCAGUAGGACAUCCUGGUAUGCCUGAGGCAGGACUUAUACCGAUUCCGAAGAAGCUUGCGGCACAAGGAGUGAAAGAUAUGCUACGCGUGAGUGAUGCGAGAAUGAGCGGAACUGCACAAGGAACGGUAGUGUUACAUGUUACGCCUGAGGCGGCUGUUGGUGGUCCUCUUGCCCUUGUACAUGAUGGAGAUAUCGUUGGCAUAGAUGUUGAAGAAAGGAAGAUAUGGAUGGAGGUCAGUGAUGAGGAACUGGAAGAAAGGAAACGGAAGUGGGAUGAGCGUAAUGCAAAGAUACGUAAAAUGAAAAAGAGGGGAUACGGUGGACUCUAUGAGAGAACGGUAUUACAAGCAGAUUUAGGUGCCGACUUCGACUGGCUCACAGCAACUUAUGAAAGAGAAUCAGAAACAUAG